AUGGAACAGUCACCAUUAACUACCCAAGCAAGUCGACGCCCUCGCUCCAGCCAGACCACCGUGUCGUUGAACUGGGACGAGGCCGAUGCCCUCUCACCGCAUCCUCGACUGAAGUUCGAGGUCGCCGAGUGCAUCGAGACAAAGACCAUCACCACUACGACUACGACCAAGAGGUCCUAUCCGCCCUUGUUUGUGCGAGAACCGCGACCAUUAAUGUCCCUCGACUCGAAGGAAUACCCCCUCGCGCAGAAACGUACCCCCCCCGAGUUAUCCAGGUUCUCGUUUGAUGUCGAUCAAUAUGGCUCCUUUUCCGACGAUGAAACAGACUGUCCAGACGUAUGUUCAUCCAUCCGGCCUCCUGUCUCUUCUUUCGGGUUGCCCACUGACCACGCCACAUUCCAGUCCUUCCAGACAGCGUCUAGUGAAGACUCAAGUCGGGAUAUCAAGACCGAACCCGGCAUCGACACGCUUCCUGUUAUCCCCCGCCGACACCCAGACACGAUCACGCGCAGGACUCACAAGAUGGGAACCCGUGCCGGGUCGCCUAUGGUGGCCGGGGCUGUGAAGAAGAACUCUAGUUCGGCCAACAAGUUGAGGUCACACGGGCCUAGUCUGCCCCAUCAAGUCUCUGACAAGCUCCGUCGUGCCAUUGGUAAAGGUCCGGCUUCUCGUAAGGAGAACGUCAGAGAAGGUAGCACAAGGACAUCGAGCGAAUUUCCUAUCACCCCCGAUACAUCAGAGCUUGCUGGAAGCAGCAGCACCGCGCAACCCCAGCCCCUGAAACUCAAACGAACGAACCUGGACUCCUUCGAGACUCCCGAUUCGGAUCCCACCCAACAGCACGACAACUACUUCAACAUCUCGAGUCCGUCUGGCAGUGAUUCUCACACCGUCUUUAGCAACGUGGCUACUCCACCCAUUACCGACGCAGAUGCGGAGCCCUUCACAGAUGCCGACGAGUCUCUCCAGCAGUCGAUCCGCGGAGCCCUGCAUCACCCCCGCCCCAUUAACACUGUGGCCCAACAAGAUGCGAGCCUGCCGAGCCCGCGACUAUCCCCUACUCUUCAAGCCGUUCAGCUACCCACCGACAGAGAAGAUGGAGAGGACGAUGAUAUGUCUGUCAUCUUGCACGAUGGCAGUCAAAAUACAAUGGACGAUGAAUCACUAGAAUCAACAACGCUCACACAAGGGUCUCUGAGGCACAAGAAGCGUCUUGAGGGGCCCAGUGUCAUGGACAGCCGAUCGAUGCUCGAGUCGUUUGAUGCUAUGCCUGCGGAGAUGAAGUCAUUCAUGAUGUACCAGUUUCUGCGUCGGUGUUCGCGCAAAACUCUACACGUUGUUGCGAAUGUGGUCAACCCUGCAUUGAACUGCGAUAUUCUCAAGGAUCUACCUACUGAGUUGACUCUGCAUGUCCUUUCGUAUCUCGACCACCGAGAUCUUUGCCGGGCUGCACAGGUAUCCAAAACGUGGCGCAACAUCAUUGACUACAACGAGACGGGCUGGAAGGAGUUGUUCGACCGAGAUGGUUUUGAGCUGCCACCCGGCGAGCUUGACAGGGCCAUCAAGGAAGGAUGGGGAUGGCAGGAUCCAGUCGGGCCCGAAGGCUGUGAACGUGAUUUUAGUCUACAAAACCGAUUGACUUCGACCGAAGCCGACCUUCUCCGAUCCUCAUCCGCAAAACCCGACCCGCCGGCAUCUAAGUUACGAAGUUCCAAGCGUAAGAGAGCCUUGAAUAACUUCAGCUCUGAUCGCAACAAGAGACGGGCUAGUGCUCAGGAUAGUGUCAUUAAGGACAAGGAGGAGAAGACGCAGUCACCUGCACGACUACACAAGUCGGAAGGACCUAUCUCAGCGGCUAGUGCCGCGGCGCUCGCAGUACCUGAUCCUCACAUCGGUCUCCCGAGUCUUCGAAAACUUCACCUGUUCAAGUCUCUAUACCGAAGGCACUACAUGAUCCGUAAGAGCUGGACUAGUGGCAAGGUCAAGCCAAGUCAUGUUGCGUUCGCGGCCCAUCCCCGCCACGUCAUCACCUGCCUUCAGUUUGAUGAGGACAAGAUAAUUACCGGAAGCGACGAUAUGCUCAUUCACGUCUACGAUACCAAAACGGGCAAGCUGCGCAAGCGUCUAGAAGGGCACGAAGGCGGAGUCUGGGCUUUGCAGUACGAGGGCAACUAUUUAGUGUCUGGGUCUACAGAUCGCUCAGUUCGUGUUUGGGAUAUUGAGAAAGGCCUCUGCACGCAGGUGUUCUACGGUCACACUAGCACUGUCCGGUGUCUGCAGAUCUUGAUGCCCACAGAGACCGGGAAAAUCGAGGACGGGCAAGCCAUCAUGAUGCCCCCCAAGCCGUUGAUUAUUACAGGAUCCCGCGACAGCCAGCUUCGUGUCUGGCGGUUACCUGAGGCUGGCUCCCGCAGAUACAUUCAAACGGGGCCGCCUGCCAACGAUGCGGAUUGUCCUUACUUCAUUCGCACCCUGCAGGGCCACAACCAUUCGGUUCGUGCCAUCGCCGCACACACCGAUACUCUAGUCAGUGGCAGCUACGACAACACGGUGCGUGUAUGGAAGAUCAGCACGGGUGAAACUGUGCACGUCUUGCAGGGUCACACACAAAAGGUAUACAGUGUUGUUCUUGAUGUUUCUCGAAACCGAUGUAUCUCUGGAAGCAUGGAUACCUUUGUCAAGAUCUGGGACCUGACGACUGGUUCUUGCAUCCACACACUUGAAGGACAUUCUUUACUCGUCGGCUUACUCGAUCUACGAGACGAGCGACUCGUAUCGGCGGCCGCCGAUUCCACACUGCGCAUUUGGGAUCCCGAGUCAGGGAGGUGCCAGUCAACACUGACGGCACACACUGGCGCCAUUACAUGCUUUCAGCAUGACGGGCGUAAAGUCAUCAGCGGAAGCGAUCGCACCCUGAAGAUGUGGGAUAUUCGUACCGGCGAAUGUAUUCAGGACCUGCUCACAGAUCUUAGUGGGGUGUGGCAGGUUCGAUUUGAUGAACGCAGGUGUGUGGCUGCUGUACAGAGAGACAAUCUCACUUAUGUUGAGAUUUUAGAUUUCGGUGCUGUCCGCGAUGGCAAACACCCCGAGGAGCUUGGCAAACGCAUAUUGCUAAAUGCUCCCGAAGUCCGCGCUCUUGAAGCGGCCGCGGCGGCCGAGGACAACUAG